ACGAACGGAUUAGUGCACGUUCGCGGUCCAACGCAGCAGCAACUCGUUGAUGUACAAAGUCAGUUGGCCAAAUACCACUCGCAUUCGGUAUACCCCACAUUCAUAGUCGCAUCGCUCAUCCAAACGGAACAACCGGCAGCGAAAUAAUAUUAAAAUGGAGGACGAUGAGAAAAUGGACAUUAUGCGCAAGGCAUUCCAGAUGUUUGACACCCAGAAGUCGGGCUUCAUCGAAACGCUGCGGCUGAAGACCAUCCUGAAUAGCAUGGGUCAGAUGUUCGAGGAGAGCGAGCUGCAGGAUCUGAUCGACGAGAACGAUCCGGAGGACACGGGCAAAGUGAACUUCGAUGGCUUCUGCAACAUAGCGGCCCAUUUCCUCGAGGAGGAGGACGCCGAGGCCAUACAGAAGGAGCUGAAAGAGGCAUUUCGCUUGUACGAUCGCGAGGGCAACGGUUACAUAACCACAUCCACACUCAAAGAGAUUCUAGCCGCCCUCGACGACAAGCUAUCAUCCAGCGAUCUCGAUGGCAUCAUUGCCGAAAUUGAUACCGACGGCUCAGGCACCGUCGAUUUUGAUGAGUUCAUGGAAAUGAUGACGGGCGAUUAGAGGUUCCAUUUGAUUGAGGCCCAUUCUAGAGAAAGACAAUCUAAGAACUGCUUCUUCUUCUUCUUGUUCUUCUUCUACCUUGCUGAGAAUAGCUUUUUAAUAUAUUUAAAUAAAUUAACUCAAGAUUUUAGCUCUUGUGGCUUGCCAGUGCGUCGUACAGUGGAAUUAAAUCAAAUAUUAUUGAAA